UCAAGAUGGCGACGGAGAGCUGCUUGUCCAUUGGAAAACAAUAGAGAUAACAGAGACGGAUAAGUUUGGCUCGUCGUCGUUACAUUUUGUUUUUCUUCUUCUUCUUCAUUACUUUGGACUCAAGAAGAAGUCGGAGUAUUCGGGAAGUUGGGGCAAGGAUAGGUUUGGGAAAAAUGGAGAAAGUAGAAAAGUGAAGAGAGGACGUUACACGCAUGUUAAUUCUUCUGUAAUCUCGCGGGCGACAUCCGCAGCUGUGAGGUGACUGAAGCCCAGGAGUGAGGCGAUCUGAAGCCUCACAGGGAGCAGAGCAGAGCUGCGCUUCCCGGACGGCGUCCGCAGCCGCGCUCAGCGGAGCCUUCCUACCGCCUGGGGCCGUAGCGUCGGGGAGGAGCAGGAGGGUCGGUCGGUGAGCCGGUUUCAAACUAAGUUCUCCGGCCGUUUCCACAAUGAGGCUGGAAUAAGAGAGACUCGUCGGGCUUGACUGCUGACGAUCAAUCUGACGGAAUUUCGCCUCAGAAGUUUUUUGUUUUUGUUUUUUUUUUUGGGGCGCAAUUUCCUUAAAUUAAAAAAAUCGUUUAUGCGAGAGCGACCGUGGCGUGUAGUAGAAACAUCAUGUGGACCGCUGCGGAACGAAACUUUUUGUGUUUCUGAAAACUUUUUUGUGUGGAACGUAGAGUCGCCCUCGAAGUUGUCCGGUUUCCAACGAAUGUUGAGGAGUGAAACGAGCGAUAUUUAAUUCAGACGUUGCGGUGUAUGUGUCCGUUUUCGAGCUGCCUGGGGAUGUGAUUUGUGUUCUCGUCUCUUGAGUCUGGACAGGAGCCCGGAGCCCACAUCCCACCACCCGUCUCCACCGUCUCCGACUCGAACGAACCUGGCUGGAGUUCUGCUGCUGUUUUUAAAAUCAUCAUGUUCGUUUAACAGUCUUCUGUGACGGCGCCGUGCGUGUCGUUCUUUUUUUUGGAGCUGAGUAAAUCGUGGCAGGGAUGGCACACGUUUGAAAUCGCAGGAAACUUUUUUUAUUAUUAUUAUUAUUAUUAUUACUAUUUAAAUUAGGGGAAAAAAAACAACACACACACGGCAGUAACUUUGCAACCUCUUUUCCCCUGCCUGUUAUGGUUGUUGGGGAGCGUCGCUGGGACCGUGAGGGCCGUCGUCCUUACGUGUUAACGGGGUAUCCGCAGUGUCCCGGGGUGGCCCGCACUUGGUCAGCGCGCCUCGCCUCGCGCCGUGAUUAAUGAGACACUUGUGUGCGCGCUGACGAUGGCCGACUACGUGGUGCCGCGACACAGCGCGGUCAUGGAGCGCCUCCGCCGCCGGAUAGAGCUCUUCAGGCGGCAUCACAGCAGCUGCGAGGGCCGCUACGACAGCACGGCGCUGGAGCGCCUGGAACUGGAGCGCCAGCACACGUUCGCGCUGCACCAGCGCUGCCUGCAGAGUAAGGCCAAGCGCUCGAGCAAGCACAGGCAGGCUCCGCCGGCGGUGCCCGAGCAGGGUGGGCCCGCUGGAGCUGGAGCCGCCGCCGCCGAGGGCUCCGAGAGCGCGCCCGGCGGCGAGCACAGCAGGAGCAGCACUCUGAUCGCGCUCCAGGAUACAGUGAAGCGGAAGCUGGAGAAUGCAGGCUCUCCGGGUGGGGAGGCGAAUGGCUUUGGGGAGGUAUACCCAAGCUCCAAGCAGUCCUGUCUGGAGGAAAGCCGAGGUGGGGUCAAUGGAGUCCCGCCCACUUCGCCGCUCGAGAGCAAGCUUGGAGUUAAUGGAGAAGCACUGCAGUCAAAUGGGAAGUGCCAACAGGGGGCUGAACAAAAAGGCAGUGCGUUACACCCGAUGGCUCGUGCCCAAGAUUCUGACCUCAGGCUGAGGGAGAUGAAGCAGGAGCCCGUGGAUGACUUUUUGCCUUGUGUGCUGCCCCCUGGUGGAACUGUUGGAAACAACAACCUUCUUCCUGACCUCAACCUCAACGAGCAGGAAUGGAGGGAGUUGAUGGCAGAGUUCGACUAUGACGACAUUGAGGACAUUUUUAAUGAGGGCUUUGAUGAGCGUAGGGAUCCCCUGCCCCAGACACCUGCACCCCCUGACCCGGUAAAUAUCAAGGCAGAGUUUUCCCCUGCCUCAGUGGCCUUUGACCAAGAACCCCGUAGAGCCUCUCCCCAGGUGCGCCCCACUUCCUGUGGACCACCUUUGCGUGUCAAUUCACCCAUCACCAGCACUGCUCCCUCCCCUGCCUUAUCUGCCUCUCAAACUACCAGACAGCUUUCCCAGAAUUUGCCACUGCCUGGACCUCCAUCCACAGACCUGUCACCUGCACAGCAGUUGCAGCAGUUGGCUGCACGGGAGCAGCAGAGAGCGCAGCUGAUGCAAACACAACAACAACAACAACAACAGCAGCAGCAGCAGCAACAGGCUGCCAAGUUUCACACCUCAAACCACCAAGCCAACCAACAGGCACCAUGGACCCAGCCCACACCUUCUCAGAGCCAACUGGCAAGUGCCUACAGCCUGGAGAAGCAAACAAAUCCAGCCCUCUACCAGCAGGAUUUCUCAAGCUCCAAGCCGUUGACAUCAAACUUGCUGAACAAGAGCUCCCCAAAAGCAGGUGCUGGGAGCUACCAGCAAGGUGGGGGGCACACUGUGCUGAACCAGGCCCCACUCUUAGAUUAUGCCAGUACGAGACCUCUCUCUCACUUCCAGGCAAACACGGGGCCUCGGGGUCCCACGGCCACACCCCUCAACACACCCACACAGAACAAAGCAGCACUCCUGUCCCUGCUGCGACAGCAAGCCAAGCAAAAGGCAGGAAUGCCAUUCCGCCCCCCGCUGCCCCUUGCUCAGGACCAAAGCUCGUACCAGUCAGCGCCCCACAUGCAAGGUCCAGCUAAUGCCAUGGCAGCCCAGUCCCAAAGCAACUCGAUGGCAGCGGGCCAUGGCAAUGCAUCGUACCUGGGAGGCCCAGCUGUCUCCUUGGAGCAGCAGAAGAGUUUCCAUCUGGGGCAGCGGCAACAUCUCCUGGCCCAGCAGGAGAAACGGCAACAGCUGCAGAGGCAUCUGACCCGCCCACCGCCCCAGUACCAGGACCAGCAGAACCAGCAAAACUCACAGAACCCCUUCCAGCAACAGGAUGUUUCCCAGUUCCCUGGCUCCUCCCAGCAGAUGAGCGGUAUGGGUCCAUUAGGAGGCCCCAAUCCAGGGGGGCAGCGCAUGUUCCCACAGACGCAAAACAUGAUGGGAGUAGGGGUGGGGCAGAGUGGAGGUCCCACUUCUGUGGCCCCUUCUGCCACUGGCCUUGCAGAUAUGGGGCUUCCUUCAUGUGGAGGGGGCGGGUUAGACAAUGUGCAGCAAGCCCUUUAUAGCAACAUGCAUUCCCUCCCUAGCCAGCCAGCUGUGGUCAACUCUGCCCCCCUGCAGAGGCAGCCUUCCACAGCCAUGACAACGGGCUACAGGCAAAACCUGCUGGCUCAGCAGCAUGCUAAGGGCCAGCCAAGCUCUGCACUGCUCAAGCAGCAGCAACAGCAGCAACACCUGGCCCGCAUGCCAACCUCCAUGCCCAACGCAAUGGCCAAUGGCAUGGUUAACACCAUGCCGAGCACUAACCCCACAUCUGUGCCCAGUGCUAUAUCCAGUUCUCUGCCUACUUCCAUGCCCAGCUCUAUCCCUAAUGCUAUGCCUACUGCCAUGCCUAGCUCUAUGCCCAGUGCCAUGACUAAUGCUAUGCCUAAUGCUAUGUCUGGCUCCUUGACUAAUCCUAUGUCUAGUCCAUUGCCAACCUCCCUGCAAAACUCCAUGUCCACACAGAGCCAGUCUUGGCAACCCCACCCAAGCAUGCAGCAGACCUUGGGGCAGCAGGCUGCUGCUGGCAAUGGGGGCAUGCAGGCUUUCAGCAGCAGUGCCUACCACAUGCAACCACGCCUUCCUAAGCUGCCCAGCAGCACACCUUUCUCACAAGCUAGCCUAAACAACGGACGCCCUCAUGCCACCAUGAGCUCCACCCAAGUUAUGGGCAGCCUUCCUCAGUCGCGGACCAACAUGGCCCUUGGUUCUCAGCCUCUCCGCCCCUUGGCCCCACCGCACAGGGCUCUGGCCCCUGCCCCCCAGAAGCAGCAGUUGUUGCCGGGCAUGAAUGGGCCUGUGCCUGACAUGGCUGCUUUUGGCCAGGUCCAGGGCAGUCAGGUGGGCAGUCACACCAACCUGCAGUGUAGUCAGAGUUACCAGGUGAACAGGACUGCCAACCACGAACUACCCUUUGGGUAUAAUGACCAGUCGGGGAGUAGUUUACCGAGCUUCCCUGAGGAAAGUGACCUUAUGGACUCACUGCUGAAGAGCCACUCAUCACAAGAGUGGAUGGAUGAGCUUGACAAGUUACUGGCUGGUCACCAGUGAGAGCUGGCAGUAACUGGCCAAUCCCUACUGACUGCUGACUACUAGGCGGUCGCUAAUGCAUACUAGUGGUUUACUGGUCAUUUUACUACCCAGUCAUGAACAUGUGCUCUUUGGUUACUGGCCUUGAAUCCAGAGGUAAUUCAUCCAUCCAUCCACUGAACUUCAGUAACUGCUUGUCCUGAGUAGGGUCACGGUGAACCGGAG